GGAACGUAGAUGUACGUAUGUUGUAUGAGAUACUGCUGGAGUAUUUGCAGCUUUCAAAUUCGUGGUGUAAUUGUGUUUAUUUGUCUUGUGCAGAAAGUUUAUUCUCAAGAAACAGCAAAAUAAGUAUGCCGAAAACGUUAUUUUAGACAUGCCGGUAAAUUGCAGUAGUUGUGAAAAGAAUGCAGUUCUGAAGCGACCUAAGACUGGCCACUCCAUGUGCAGAGAAUGCUUUUUCUGGGCCUUUGAAGAAGAGAUCCACCAAACCAUUGUUAAUGCAAAGUUAUUCACCAGAGGUGAGAAAGUUGGGAUAGGUGCCUCCGGAGGCAAGGACUCCACAGUACUGGCUCACGUUCUGAAAGUCCUUAAUGAACGCUAUAACUAUGGGCUUGACUUGUUCCUUUUGUCUGUGGAUGAGGGUAUCACAGGCUACCGCGAUGAUUCCUUAGAGACUGUAAAGAGGAAUCGGCAACAAUAUGACUUGCCCCUCAAGAUAGUUUCUUACCAAGAGCUGUAUGGCUGGAGUAUGGAUGACAUUGUGAAACAGGUUGGUUUAAAGAACAAUUGCACUUUCUGUGGAGUUUUCAGAAGACAAGCACUUGACAGAGGUGCAAUGAUGCUGAAAGUGGACAAAAUUUGUACAGGUCAUAAUGCUGAUGAUGUAGCUGAAACAGUCUUGAUGAAUUUCCUUAGAGGUGAUAUUGCACGUCUUCGACGUUGUACUGCCAUCACCACUGGUAGUGAAGGAGCAAUUCCACGCUGCAAACCUCUCAAGUAUGCAUACGAGAAAGAGAUUGUAUUGUAUGCUUAUUUUAAAAAGCUGGAUUAUUUUUCUACAGAAUGUGUGUACUCUCCAAAUGCUUAUCGUGGGUAUGCAAGGGCAUUUUUGAAGGACCUGGAAUCCAUUCGAUCCAGUGCAAUUAUUGAUGUUAUCCAUUCUGGGGAAAACCUUUCAGUGAAAGAAGAUAUUAAAAUGCCAGUACAGGGCAGUUGUACUCGUUGCGGUUAUAUCUCUAGUCAGAAGCUUUGUAAGGCCUGUGUCUUACUGGAGGGACUGAAUCGUGGACUGCCAAAACUAGGAAUUGGAAAGCAUCACAAAUUGCAUGACAAGCUAGUAGCUCAGGAGCCAUUGACAGAAGCUGAAGAAAAGAAAUUGAAGGGCAUUGAUUUUUGACACACAUUUAAUCGAUCAGGCUUCUUGUAAUGGCAGCACAAUCACAUAAGUUGUAAUGUUUUCACUGCUUAGCAUCUUUGACAGUUUACUUCAUCAAGGUAGUCUCUUAAGUCUCUUAAAAAAAAUUUACGAAUGUGAAGCAGAAGAGGAGUAUUGUUUUUCCAACCAUUUGAAAUGCAACCUGUCGUGUAAUAAAAAUCACAAAAUCUGA